GCCAUCAUUUUGCGGUACCUGGAGCAGAAAUCUUGUGAGCUGAACUUUGACACUCACUGGGUCUACAGACUACUAUUGGAUGUUGGGGUACCGCCUGGCAGGCUGUUGGAACUCUAUGACAAGCUCUACAAGUCCAAGGUACACUUUGGCAUUGCUAAUAAAUAACAGUGUGGUUAUUUCCAUCACUGAAAGCAUUAACUUUGUAUUGUGUACAAAUAGAAUCAACUUUCAACACACAUAGAAAAGAUGAAAUGGAAUUAUAAACAUAUUUCCAUUACAAAUUUUUAAAAGUACAAUUAUUAAUUUUGGAAUCGCUUUAGAUAGGUACAUUCAAAUAAUGGUAUAUAUUGUGGCAAUAAUCCACUUAAUUAUCAGCUUUCCGUGUUUCCUUCAUUGUUUUUUAAGACACAACUUGAUUCUUUAGCUUGUCUGCAUCAUGGACAUAGAUUUUAAGGGAUAUAAAUUCCUUGCUUAUCACCUAUUAGAAACUGCUUGUCUAUUUCUAUGUUCUUUAAUCCUUGUGAUUGACAAAACAUUUUUUUUGUUAACAAUGUUUCAAUGAUGGUGAGCUAAUGCAGAAUCUUGUCUUACAGGAUGUUGUGUGGCAAAACCAGCACAAGCCCCACCAUGUACUCACUGUGCUCCAGGCAUUCAUUGACCACUUGACCAGAAACCCAGGACUCAUUCCACCAUCUGACCGUAAACGUCUGGUCAUGUCCUGCAUGGACAUAGUGACCGGGUACCUGGUGGAGCUGCAGGCCACCAGCAGUACUGACCCUGGGGUCAGAUCACUGACUGCAAGUUUCAAGGCCACACUGGCAAAGUUGGAGAGAAUGUAG